CACCAUCUAUUGACGUAAUAACUGAAACAAAAGCAACAUAACCUUAUUUAAUCUUUACUGCGAUAUUUAUUAAUUAUUCUUAGCAUUAACGAUGGUUGUUUGUAAAUUUUUUCUUCAAGGUACCUGCAAAUUUGGCAAUUCUUGUAGAUUCGACCAUCAGUUAGACAAUUCCGGAGGAUCAUCAAUUUUAAAGCAGAAUAAUAAUCAAAAUGUGGCUCGGGCGACAACGAUGGAUCCAAAUACCUUGAUACAAUCCGUAAUUAACGAUAUGGUGGCUGCGGAACAAGGGAAGCAAUGGAUUUUUUCAAGUUAUAGCCCUUUUAAGGAUAAGCCGACUUUCCCUGGAUUCGAUGAUAAAAGUUUUGAGGAGAUCCGAUUGGGGUUUUAUGAAGCUAAUAAAGCUGGAACUAUAGAACAUUAUAAACAAAUGGUUCAAAUGUGGUACCAAGAAGCGUUCGGAAGGAUAAAAACAUUACAAAAUCCUAAUCAGGAAAUUGUGAAAUUAUUAACACAAAUUUAUAAUACAAAUCAACAACAACCGUUUCAAAAUAAUAAUGGAUUUGGUUCGAAUAAUAUUCUUGGAGCUAAUUCGCAAAAUUCUAUUUUUGGUGGUAAUAAACAACAAAAUCCACAAAAUAAUAACGUUUUUGGACAAAAUACGAUCUUUGCAAACGCAAAUAAUUCACCGUUUUCAACAAAUCAAUCUCCAUUUGGAAAUAAUGCUAAUAAUCAAUCAAAAACGUUUAACCAAAAUCCAACAAAUAUGUUUAAUCAAAAUAAUUUUAAUCAAAACUCAAUUUUUAGUAAUAAUAGUAUAUUUAGUAAUAAUCAACCCCCACAACAAAUACAACAACAAUUUAGCAACAUUCAGCCAUCAAAUAAUCCAUUUGCUAAUAACACAAUUCCUCAACCGAGUCCAUUUGCACCCCAAAACAUUCAACAAAGCGCUCCAUUUAAUCCCCCUGCAACUCAAGCAACCCCAUUUAUGCCCCAACCUAAUCCCAAUCACACAAACUUAUUUAAUCCGCAAAAUCAAAGCACAAUCUUUCAAAAUCCAGUUCAAAAUAAUCCAAUAUUUAAUAACCCGGCACCUAAUUAUUAUCAAAAUCCCCAAAAUGUAUUUAAUCAAAAUUCGAUUUUUGGAAAUUCAAUUUUGAAUAAAAAUCCUGGAGGUGAUGCAGCAAAACCGAACGUUAUUGAUAACAAUUCGUAUUCGAAAAUAGAGGAUUUAACGCAAGAGGAAAUUAAAUCAUUCGAAUGUGACGAAUUCGACUUUGGAAAGAUUCCUGAACGACCUCCAACGUUAGAAAUGUGCUUUUAAUCAUUUUUUGAUCAAAAAACUCUUUCAUAAUUUGAUAUCUGUCAAAUAUCAAUGAUUUAAAAAAAAUC